AUGGGCUCAAUUUUCAGGAGUGAAAAGAUGUACUUGGUUCAACUCUUCUUUCAGACUGAAACAGCAUACUGCUCUGUUAAUGAAUUGGGAGAGCUAGGACUUGUACAAUUCAGAGAUCUGAAUCCAGGGAUUGUAGCUUUCCAGAGAAAAUUUGUGAAUGAAGUCAGGCGAUGUGAAGAAAUGGAAAGAAUCCUACGCUUUUUGGAAAAAGAGAUUAUAAAAGCUAAUAUCCCAAUCACUGAAAGUGCAGAAAAUGAUAAGGCCCCUUGCCCUAGGGAUGUAAUUGAAUUGGAGACUGCUUUUGAAAAGCUAGAAAAGGAGAUGAAAGAGAUCAACACAAACCAAGAAGCUUUGAAAAAUAAUUGCCUGGAGCUGACGGAGCUAAAAUUUCUUCUUCAGAUAACUGAAGAUUUCUUUGAAGAGGCAGAAUCCCAGCUGUCAGGCUCCGAGCUGCCCUCCGAAGAGUCCGUCUACGUAACAGGAUUUUCAAGGAGGCAUAGCAGUACUAGUGGAGGAGGUCGUCUGAAGCUGGGCUUUGUCACUGGGGUGAUCAAACGAGAACGAUUUCCUGCUUUUGAAAGAUUAUUAUGGAGGGUGUGUCAUGGAAAUAUUGUCUUACGUCACGUACAAAUCAAUGUCCCACCAGAGGAUCCAAUGGCUGAUGAUUUCAUCGGUAAAGAUGUGUUCAUAGUCUUCUUCCAAGGUGAACAGUUUAAAAACAAAGUGAAAAAGAUAUGUGAUGGGUUCCAUGCCACAGUGUACCCUUGCCCAGAAACCUUACAUGAAAGAAUGGAAAUGAGUGUGGGUGUAAAUAUGCGAAUUGAGGAUAUACACAUGAUACUUGUCCAGACAGAGAAACACCGUAAGAAUUUGCUGCUUUCUGCUGCUAAGGAUCUCUACAAGUGGAAUGUUAAAGUAAAGAAGAUGAAAGCAAUUUAUUACACACUAAAUCUCUGUAACAUCGAUAUCACCCAGAAAUGUUUGAUAGCUGAAAUCUGGUGUCCUGCUACAGAUCUUAAGAAAGUUCACUGCACAUUAACAAAAGAAGCGGUCCGGAAUGGUUCCACUAUGCCUCCUAUUUUGAACAGAAUAGAGACAAAGCAAACUCCUCCAACAUAUAACAAGACAAACACAUUUACUGAGGGCUUUCAAAAUAUUGUCGAUGCAUAUGGGGUUGGAAACUAUCGCGAGGUCAAUCCAGCCCCUUAUAGCAUCAUCACAUUCCCUUUUGUUUUCGCCAUCAUGUUUGGUGACUGUGGGCAUGGACUGAUCAUGGCUAUAACAGCUCUAGGGAUGAUCUUCUAUGAAAAGCAACAGAGAAGCAAUAAAAUGAAUAAUGAAAUUUUAAACAUCUUGUGUCACGGACGUUACAUUCUUCUGCUGAUGGGACUCUUCUCUAUCUACACUGGUCUCAUAUAUAAUGACUGCUUCUCCAAAGCUUUCAACAUCUUUGGAUCAGCCUGGAGUGUCAGACCUAUGUUCCAGCCAAAUGGACAUUGGAAUAAUGAAACAUUACAAAAAUCAGCUGUGCUUCAGUUGAAUCCUGCUCUACUAGGAGUGUUUUCAGGAAAACCUUACCCAUUUGGCAUUGACCCAAUUUGGAACAUUGCUGUAAAUAAGCUGACUUUUCUGAACUCCUAUAAAAUGAAAAUGUCAGUCAUCCUGGGGAUUAUUCACAUGCUUUUUGGAGUAAUGUUAAGUUUAUUGAACCACACUUACUUUAAGGAGUUUAACAACGUUUUCCUGCAGUUUAUCCCAGAGAUUAUCUUCAUGACUGCUCUGUUCGGUUACUUGGUUUUCUUGAUAAUCUUCAAGUGGUGCCAAUUUACCGCAGCUGAGUCUGAAAUUGCUCCCAGCAUCCUCGUCCACUUCAUCAACAUGUUAAUGUUUAACUACAGUGAUCCAACAAUUACACCUUUCUACUGUAAGCAGAGAAGUGUCCAAACGUUCUUGGCUCUUGCUCUGCUGACAGUUCCAUGGAUGCUCCUUAUAAAGCCCUACCUGCUAUACAGUGACCACCAAAGAAAAAAGCUGAUGACAGAAUGCAGUGGGCCAGAAAUUAAUGGAGGAAGUUAGCAAGAAUCAUUGGGAAGAAGAAAAGUUCAGCUUUGGUGAUACCUUUGUACAACAAGCGAUCCAUACAAUUGAGUACUGCCUGGGUUGUGUGUCAAACACUGCCUCUUACCUGCGUUUAUG